UCUUUUGGAAUAAGCGCGCUAACAGUGCGCGUAAUGGCGACAAAACGCUUUGAUGAAUUCAAACAUUUUGGAGCAAAGAUGCUCAAUGCUUUGGAGGAGAAAUAAAUGAAAUGAUUCCACAAAAAACGAUUUAUUUGAUUUGGGUUAGUCACACUUUACAAUAUUAGACUAUUCUGUGCGUUUUUACUAACUACAUUGUAAAAUAUUACGCAUUAUUAUUAUUAUUAUUAAUGUUAUUAUUAUUAUUAUUAUUGUUAUUAUUAUUAUCAUGAUUGUUGUUGUUGUUGUUGUAGAAGGCGCGUGAGUGGCGCAGGGCUGCACCCGUCCUGCUCCAUUCCAGACAGCAGAUGACGCUCUUGUCUAACGGUCCUGCCCUGUUUGCGCUAAAGAACCCUGCCUGGCCCCUAACAACUAACAGCUCAAAGUUUACCGGACACGUUUCUCCUAUUCAUCAAUAUCCCCAUUGAGCAUCAAGCCAAUUUAUGACUGGCCAACACGUGCACGUGAUCACAUACAAAUACCCCAUAUUUGGGCAACGCGAGCCGGAUCAAGAAUUAAAAAAAAAAAAAAAGAUAACAAAGCCUACUCCACCUAUAAAUCCGGGAUUAUAUAUAUUUUUUGUUGGUCCGACGGCUGUGAAUUUUCCAAAAGCCGCCGCAAAGAAAAGCAAUGAUCUACAAAAAUAGGGAAAUAACCGCAACCCACAUCCCGCAGCCCUAUGUAGUUUGAAAAGAAAGUGUCGCUGGUGGUUGAAAAUGAGCUCACAUGUUGACGCCUCUGGUCUAGGGCAAACAAGCGAGACAACUUCUCUCAACAAAAUGUAUAGCUUCGAUCUAUCUGGGCACAGGUCCAGCCGGUAUGAGGGCGUAAAUGGGAACGGAAUUUACUCCUGUCCCGUCCCCACGACCUCUGUGCAACGGGAGGAGAUGAGAGCCAGCCUGCGUGGCAACACGGAUACUCCUCUGCUGUCAGGACCACAGAUAACCAUGGUCUCCAGUAGCUCCUCCGUGGACGCAAGCGGGCUAACCUACGGCGACCGGACGCUGCUGGGACGAGGGGCGGUCGGAAACCCGGACAGGAGCGCAAAAUCCGGCGGCACCAAGAGCCAAGAGAGUGACAAAAACGCGGAUGAAGUGAAACGAAACUCAAGUGUGAACCAGCUUCAGGAAAGUGAGCAGCGGCCGCAGAUUUAUCCAUGGAUGACAAAACUGCACAUGAGCCACGAAUCGGAGGGUAAGCGGUCCAGGACCAGUUACACCCGGUACCAGACUCUCGAACUGGAGAAAGAGUUUCACUUCAACCGGUACCUGAGCCGCCGCAGGCGCAUAGAGAUCGCCCACACUCUGUGUCUAAACGAGAGGCAGAUCAAAAUCUGGUUCCAGAACAGACGGAUGAAGUGGAAGAAGGACUCAAAGCUCAAAGUGAAGGAGUAAAGAGGCUCGCACCGCAGCACCCCACACUCUGCAGAGCGCACGCGGAGCGCAGGAGUGCCGCCUGACCUUCAGAUGAACCGCAAGGAGCAAUGACAUCAUGACACCGCUCUGUGUGCUUCAUCACCAAUUAUGUGUCACUUGCUGCAGUUUGGGACCUAAUGUAUUGAAUAUCACUCACUUUGAUCAAUCGGUUUACAUUUCUAAAUUAAUUUGCUGCCCAUGCGAUGAUAACCCCACUUUACUGCGUGAAGGGAACAGGAGGUUGAGGGGAGCUCGUCCCCGAGAGGUUCUGGUCUGCACUGCACUCACAAGAUGCACAAUAUUAAUAAUCCGCUUAUGGUUAAGAGAAGAGGUCACUGUGCGAGGGAUGAAGUCAUUUCCAGCUCUGUCAGUUUGUGUUUAGAGUCCAGUGAAUCAAAUAAAGGCUAAAGAAAGUCCUGAAAGGGUUAAGAUCCUGUUCUUGUCAUAUCAUGCUCGGAUGUUGUGGAAUGUGUGUGGACUGACCACUUUGUGUCUGUCAUUUCUCGUGGAACAUUCUGUAAACUGUAGUGACUGUAUGUGAAACUAUUGUAACGUGCAAUGAAGUCGUUUCUUUCCUAUGACGGUGCCUGCUAAACACAAGGCCUCAAAUCACUGAAAGAUCGCCUGUUUGUUGACUGUAAUUAAUAAAGUUGGACGUUUCCUUCACCGUG